AAGGACAUAACAGAAAUAUCAGCAAAUUAUUCCUUUACCACGUCAUCUGGGUGGUUCUAAUGCAGUUGCCCUGCCUUGUACAUAACUUCUUACUGUGGUACACUACUUAUGGAUGUCUUUCUUGAAAACAGUGAUGUGUAUCUAUGGAUCUUUUUCCUUUGAUAAUAUAAACGAGAUGAAUGAGAAGAUCUUAGAGUUCUGCCAAAAUCACAGAGACUCACUAUGAUGAUUUUGAAUUAAAACAGGAGUAGAAGAGUGCCACUGACUGAGAACCUUCUUUAAUUUUCAUCUGGAGGCCGGAGGACAUUAUGUCCGUUUCCAACAUCACAGUCUUCAGGCCUUCUGUGUUGACGCUGAUAGGGAUCCCAGGCCUAGAGACUGUGCAGUGCUGGAUUGGGAUUCCAUUCUGCGUCAUGUAUCUCAUUGCUAUGAUUGGAAACUCCUUGAUUCUGAUCAUCAUCAGGGCAGAACGCAGCCUCCAUGAGCCCAUGUACAUUUUUCUAGGCAUGCUGGGAGUCACAGAUAUUGUACUUGGCACGAGCAUUGUGCCCAAGAUGCUUGGAAUCUUCUGGUUUCAUGUGCCAGAGAUUUAUUUAGAUUCUUGCUUGCUUCAAAUGGGGCUCAUCCACACAUUUCAGUGCAUAGAGUCAGGCAUCCUGUUGGCCAUGGCUCUGGACCGUUAUGUGGCCAUCUGUUAUCCACUAAGACAUUCUGCCAUCUUCACCCACCGCCUAGUCACACAAAUAGCAGCUGUGGUAACACUCAGGGCUGCCCUUCUCGUAGCCCCAUCUUUAGUACUGAUAAAGUUCCGGUUUCAGUUUUACCAUACAACCAUCAUCUCCCACUGCUACUGUGAGCAUAUGGCCAUUGUGAAAAUGGCUGCAGAAAAUGUACGAGUCAACAAAAUUUAUGGCUUGUUUGUGGCAUUCACCGUUGCAGGGUUUGACCUCAUAUUCAUCACUUUGUCCUACAUACAGGUAUUUAUCACCGUUUUUCAUUUGCCCCAGAAGGAGGCUCGGUUGAAAGCAUUCAAUACGUGCAUCGCUCACAUCUGUGUCUUUCUCCAGCUCUACCUCCUUGCCUUCUUCUCGUUCUUCACACAUAGGUUUGGUGCUCAUGUUCCCCCUUAUAUCCACAUCCUCUUUUCUAGCCUCUACUUGCUGGUUCCCCCAUUUCUCAAUCCACUUGUCUAUGGUGCCAAGACCACGCAGAUCCGCAUUCACCUGGUAAAGAUGUUGUAUUCAUAAAAUGCACUGUGAUUAACGUCUUCAACCUUCUCCUUUAUGCAAAGUAACAAUCUCUCAAAACAGAAUAAAACAGAAAAAUACAUAUUAUUCAUGAUGCUUGACUUGUCUCCUUAAUUGUUUUGUGAAAUUUGCCUGCAUUUUAGGCAGUUUUCACAUCACAGCCCAUGACACCUAUCGGUCAGGGCCAUUUAAAUCCUAGUAGGUAAUGAGUUGGGAAUGGUAGAAACAGCAAUAGUGAAUAUGUAUUAUUUCCAUUUUUUUUUCUUAUUUUUCAGUUCCUGAUUGAAUUUUCUCCUUUAAGUAUUCUUCUCCACAACGAUCCAUAAAUAUCUAUUUCUCAAUGAAUUUCCAAGCACCCAAGAAUGAUUGUCUUGGAUUGUCCAGGUACUUGAUGAAAUCACAUUGUUGAUUCUAUUUGUUUCUGGAUCAUCCUCAUCAUCUUUAAAGUAAAUGAGAGGAGGGGUUCCUGGAUGGCUCAGUUGAUUAAGUGUCCAACUUAGGCUCUGGUCAUGAUCUCCUGGUUCAUGAGUUCACCCUGCACUGGGUUCUUUGCUGAGAGCACAAAGCCAGCUUGAGAUUCUCUCUCACUUUCUCUCUCUCUGCCCCUCCUUACUUGUGCACUUUCUUUCCAUUUAUUAAAAUAAAUAAAUAAACUUAAGAAAUAAAAUUAAUGAGAGGAAGCAGU